AGGGAAAGGGGCGACAUGGUUCUGUGGUCACAUGCCGCGGGCUCUAGUGGGAGGGCGGUUGCCCAGCAGUCUCUUGGCUCUUCCUGUUUCCGGUUCCCAGAGUAGGGCACAGCGAGGCGCGCGGGAGGACGCUGGCCUGUGACACGGGCUCUGGGACCGGGGUCUGCGGCUGGCCGCUCGCGGGCCCUGUCUCCCAGCCGCAGGCAGAUAUCCACCGGGGGACUCUGAGCUUCGGCUGCUCCCUGUGCUCGUGACACGGAGCUUCCGCUCUUGGGACAUAGAGCUACUUCUCUGAUGCUCUUUCAAGUUCUCUCGAUUUGGGGCCUUCUAGACAAUUAAGGCUGCUGAAGAAAAGGGCUAAGGGCUGCUACAUCAGAAAAGAGCCAGCGGGAAAAAAGUAGAAAUUCCCUUGAAAAAUGGGAAUGGCCAUGGAUGUUCCCCUUGUACAGCUGUUGGAGGACUGAACUGCUCCUGCUACUCCUGGCUGUGACAGUGAGAGAAUCCUGGCAGACGGCAGAAAAAACCUGCGACCUGGUAGGAGAAAAGGGUAAAGAGUCAGAGAGAGAGUUGGCGCUACUCAAGAAGCUAAAACCACUGUUUAACAAAAGCUUUGAGAGCACUGUGGGCCAGGGCUCAGACACAUAUAUCUACAUAUUCAGGGUGUGCCGGGAAGCUGGCAACCACACCUCCGGUGCAGGCCUGGUACAGAUCAACAAAAGUAACGGGAAGGAGACAGUCGUAGGGAGACUAAAUGAGACUCAUGUCUUCAAUGGAAGUAAUUGGAUCAUGCUGAUCUAUAAAGGGGGUGAUGAAUAUGACAACCACUGUGGCAAGGAGCAGCGUCGUGCACUGGUGAUGAUCUCCUGCAAUCGACACACCCUAGCGGACAAUUUUAACCCUGUGUCUGAGGAGCGAGGCAAAGUCCAAGACUGUUUCUACCUGUUUGAGAUGGAUAGCAGCCUGGCCUGUUCCCCAGAGAUCUCGCACCUCAGUGUGGGUUCUAUCUUACUUGUGACGUUUGCUUCACUGAUCGCUAUCUAUAUCAUCGGGGGGUUCCUAUAUCAGCGCCUGGUGGUGGGAGCCAAGGGAAUGGAGCAGUUUCCUCACUUAGCCUUCUGGCAGGAUCUUGGCAACCUGGUAGCCGAUGGUUGUGACUUUGUGUGCCGUUCUAAACCCCGAAAUGUGCCUGCAGCAUAUCGUGGUGUGGGAGAUGACCAGCUAGGGGAGGAAUCAGAAGAAAGGGAUGACCAUUUAUUACCAAUGUGAUCGCACUUUAAAUGUCCAUCCUCUUCAGUCCCCCAAACCAAAGCAUACUCAGCCAGAUUUCUCAAGCAGUCUCCCCUCCAGUCUCUCAUCGCACCCUUAAUAUUGCUCUUGCUUUCCAGUUUGCUUUUGAUUUGCAUCCUCUUCUCACUAGCAGAACUGUCUUCCUUUUGUUCCCUAUUUUCUGUUUUUGCUCUAGAGAGGUACAGUUAUAAGACAGGUAAUACGAGUGCCUGUGAACACAGAGGGUACUGCACUAUCUCUUGGUAUCAGAAGGUACAAGUAGGAUAGCUGUCGUGGGCAAAAUGGUGUGGCAGGCUCCUUGGCCCUUUCUUUUUUAAACACAUUUUCACAAGUUUUUCAGACACUGGAUUUCUUUAGUUAAAAAAGGAAAAAAGCAAAGAAACAUUAUUUAUACAGGUUUGAUUGCUUUCAUGCUUUUACUCUAUACCCUACAGUAGUCUCCAUGAGAAUUUGGAUGUAAUUUCUUGCUGUUUGGAACAACUUUGCAGUGAUUACUUGGUUGUAAUCCAAGUACUCCCAUUUGGUCUGAGCCUGGAGAUGUUCUAGAGUUGCUUCUCCCACCUCGACUGGGACAGGAAAAAUGUGAAAUUUCCCAAUUACAGGAUUAUGAGGUACCAUUCCAUCGUUUGUUGGUAUUAGGGUGACUUUAUAGCUGGAAUUGGGUCCUGGAUUGCGGUUCUAUAGUUGCCUGUCCGUACAUAUAGCCAAAAUGCCUCAUCCAGAAAUCCAGUCCAUUGGACAGGAAAAUUCAAACUGACCUCUUAUGCUAUAGGGGUUCCAGGAAAGGAAAGCCCGUUUACCUUGUGGUGGUGGGAUGUCCUUGAUGGGUUUCUUCUCCUAUCUAUAGUAUAAGCUGGCAGAGCUGUUCUUACUCCUCUUUCCCUCUACCAGUAUUUCUAAACCUAUGUUGCACUUUCUUCACAGGCAUAUGGUUUUGACUUUUUUUUUCCAAUCUUCUGGAAAGGGAAUGGAAGCAGAAUUGGGACAUGUAGGGCUCUGCCGUCCUCUGCUCUGGGUGUGGAAUGCUGCUGCACCUGUCCCUUCUGCUGGCUCAGGGAAGAGUCUUCUUGCCCACAACGUUUCUGUGGGGAAAGGUUUUUAAUCCGCUGAUGCUUCCAUCUUUCUGUUUAGGCCAUGUGCCCAGAAACCUAGGGCUGGUCUUUCUGUAAUAGUGAAACCCCUGGGCCACUGAAGAGUAACAUGGCUCCGCUGGACACAAAAGAGGGAUGGAAUCAAUAGGCAGGGGGCCUUUUAUAAGCCUUAGAGAAGAAAAUGAAAUUAUUUCAUAUUUGGACUUUUCAAUACUAUUGUAAUUUUUUUCUUUCUAAACAAGGAAAAUAAUGUUAUAAAA